GCCGCGCUCUCAGGGUCAGCCCGGGGCAGCCGCUCGCGCCCUUCUGCUGCCUCUCGGCCGCGCUGGGGAUGCUGUGGUCCCCCGCCUCGCAGGCGUUCAACUUGGAUGUGGACCAGCUCACCGUGUACAGCGGCCCCGAGGGCAGCUACUUCGGCUACGCGGUGGACUUCCACAUACCUGCGGCUCACACAGCGAGUGUGUUGGUGGGGGCGCCCAGAGCCAACACCAGCCAGCCGGACAUCGUGGAAGGGGGCGCCGUCUAUUACUGUCCCUGGCCCGCCGAGGGGUCUGCGCAGUGCAAGCAGAUCCCGUUUGACAACACCAACAACAGAAAGAUCAGGGUCAAUGGAACCAAGGAGCCCAUUGAGUUUAAAUCCAACCAGUGGUUUGGAGCGGCGGUGAGAGCUCACGGAGGGCGAGUGGUGGCUUGUGCUCCCUUGUAUCACUGGAGAACACUUAAGUCCACACCCGAAAAGGACCCAGUUGGCACUUGCUAUGUAGCAAUUCAGAAUUUCAGUGCAUAUGCUGAGUACUCUCCUUGUCGGAACAGUAACGCUGAUCCUGAAGGCCAGGGUUACUGCCAAGCAGGAUUUAGUCUGGAUUUUUAUAAGAACGGAGACCUUAUAGUCGGCGGUCCUGGAAGUUUUUAUUGGCAAGGUCAGGUGAUCACUGCCAGUAUCGCAGACAUCAUUGCAAAUUACUCAUUCAAGGAUAUUCUAAGGAAACUGGCUAGAGAGAAACAGACGGACGUGGCUCCAGCUUCCUACGAUGACAGUUACCUCGGAUACUCGGUUGCUGCUGGGGAAUUUACAGGAGAUUCUCAGCAAGAAUUGGUUGCUGGCGUUCCAAGAGGAGCACAGAACUUUGGAUAUGUUUCAAUCAUUAACUCUACAGAUAUGACCUUUAUUCAGAAUUUCACUGGUGAACAGAUGGCAUCGUAUUUUGGAUAUGCGGUUGCGGUGUCAGACGUUAACAGUGACGGACUGGAUGACAUAUUGAUUGGGGCACCUCUCUUUAUGGAACGUGAAUUUGAGAGUAACCCUAGAGAAAUAGGGCAAGUUUACCUGUACAUGCAAGUGAGCGCUCUCGUCUUCGGAGACCCGCAGGUCCUUGCAGGCACCGAGGUGUUCGGGAGAUUCGGCAGUGCUGUGGCACAUUUAGGAGACCUGAACCAAGAUGGAUACAAUGACAUUGCCAUCGGCGCACCCUUUGCAGGCCAGGAUCAAAGAGGCAAAGUGCUGGUUUACAACGGCAACAAGCAUGGCUUAAACACUGAGCCUUCCCAGAUUCUGCAAGGAGUAUGGGCCUCGCGGGGUGUCCCUUCCGGGUUCGGCUUUACUUUAAGAGGCGACUCAGACAUAGACAAGAAUGAUUACCCAGAUUUAAUCGUGGGUGCAUUCGGAACAGGAAAAGUAGCUGUUUACAGAGCAAGGCCAGUGGUGACUGUGGAUGCCCUUCCAAUGUUUAUCAACCUGGAAAAUAAAACUUGCCAGAUUCCAGAGUCUACAACUCCUGUGGCCUGCUUUUCCUUAAGAGUGUGUGCAUCUGUAGCCGGCCAGAGCAUUUCAGACACAAUAGGACUGACCGCGGAGGUGGAGUUAGAUUCUCUGAAGCAGAAAGGGGCCAUCAAACGCACGCUCUUCCUGGACAACCGUCAGUCACGUCUCGUCUUCCCCUUGGCGACAAAGCGGCAGGGAUCCCGCCAGUGCCGCGACUUCACCGUCUACCUGCGAGACGAAACUGAAUUCCGAGAUAAACUAUCGCCAAUCAACAUUAGUCUGAAUUACAGUUUGGAUGAGUCCACCUUGAAGGAAGGCCUAGAGGUGAAACCAAUAUUGAACCACUACAGGGAAAACGUUGUCACCGAACAGGCUCACAUCCUGGUGGAGUGUGGAGAAGACAAUAUGUGCAUUCCUGACUUGAAGCUGUCAGCUAGACCAGAUAAGCAUCAGGUCAUCGUCGGAGAUGAAAAUCACCUUAUGCUCAUAAUCAAUGCAAGAAAUGAAGGAGAAGGCGCCUAUGAAGCUGAACUCUUUGUGAUAAUACCAGAAGAGGCAGAUUAUGUCGGGAUCGAACGCGGCAACAAGGGAUUCCGAUCACUGAGCUGUGAGUACAAGAUGGAAAAUGUAACCAGAACGGUAGUGUGUGACCUCGGGAACCCUAUGGUGGCUGGAACGAAUUAUUCUCUGGGACUCCGGUUUACAGUUCCACGUCUCGAGAAGACAAACAUGAGCAUUAACUUCGAUCUUCAAAUCAGAAGUUCCAACAAGGACAACCCAGACAGCAAUCUUGUGAGCCUACAAAUCAACAUCACUGCUGUCGCUCAAGUAGAAAUAAGAGGAGUCUCCCACCCUCUGCAGAUUGUCCUGCCCAUCCAUAACUGGGCACCGGAAGAGGAGCCCCGCAAAGAGGAGGGAGUUGGACCCUUGGUGGAGCACAUUUAUGAGCUGCACAAUAUUGGACCAAGUGCCAUCAGUGACACCCUUCUGGAGGUGGGCUGGCCAUUCUCUGCCCGGGAUGAAUUUCUCCUUUAUAUUUUUCAUAUUCAAACUCUGGGACCUCUACAAUGUCAAACAAAUCCUGAUAUCAACCCACAGGAUAUAAAGCCUGCGGCGCCCCCAGUGGACACGCCUGAGCUGAGCGCCUUUCUACGAAACUCGACCAUUCCUCAUCUCAUCAGGAAGAGAGACGUGCCCAUGCUGGAGCCCCACAGACAGAGCCCCAUGAAAAUCCUGAAUUGUACCAAUAUCGAGUGCCUGCAGAUCUCCUGCGUGGUGGGACGGCUAGAAGGAGGAGAAAGUGCAGUCUUGAAAGUCAGAUCUCGGUUAUGGGCCAAGACAUUUCUCCAGAGAAAAAAUGAUCCCUAUUCUCUGGCAUCCCUGGUGUCCUUUGAAGUUAAGAAGAUGCCUUAUAAAGAUCAGCCAGAAAAACUCCCAGAAGGAAGCAUAGCAAUUAAGACAUCAGUUAUUUGGGCAACCCCAAACGUCUCCUUCUCAAUCCCAUUAUGGGUAAUAAUACUAGCAAUACUUCUUGGAUUAUUGGUUCUGGCUAUUUUGACCUUAGCUUUAUGGAAGUGCGGAUUCUUUGACAGAGCGAGACCUCCUCAAGAUGAUACAAAUGACAGGGAGCAGCUGACAGAUGAGAAAACCCCUGGUGCAUGAAAAGGAAAACCGAAGACCCCAAAACUCCAACACCGGUCCCAUUCCCAGAAGAGAAGGAGCGUAGGGGUUAAACGGUUUUCCUGUACCUGCCAGUGUCCUAGGAAAUGAAAGGGCCCAGGAAUACAUCACCUCAACUGUGCCGCGGAGCCCAGUGACCCUUUUGGCAAAGGCAGCAUCAUCGGCACGGUGGAAACGAUCAGCCAUCAUGGGAGAUAUCUGUUACUUGAGUUGUUCUGUAUUUGGCAGACGCUUUGAAAUGGGUAGGGGGACCGAGGUUGCUUUCCGGGUAAAUCCAACGUAUGUCGCAAAGACAAAAACGUCUGUUACGAUAGAAUUUAGAAGGUGAUCUAGGACCAGGCCUUCCAACACUACUGUAUCCAAUGGAAUAUUUGACACCUCCCUAAUGGAAAAGACACAUUUCUAAUGAUGUUAUGGCUCAGGGUGACAAGCAUCUGUUGUUGGUACUGUGAAAGUACUUCUGAAAUGACAAAGAUGAUCUCGGAAGCGAGGAUCACCAUUUAUUUAUUUAUGUUCCAGCUCUCUAGAGGUCAUCUAGAGGAUUCGGAAAUUAAGAUUUGGUUAGCUGGUUUUUGAAAUCACUCACUAAAUUUCCUUCUAAGAUAACCAUUUUGUGCAGGUCAGUUGUUUAACAGAGCUUCUUCAAGAUUUAGACAGUGUCAAGGAAAAGCAAAUUGGCAUUAGGAGAUAGUUUCACUUAAUAUUUUGCUGCCUUCCACCUGAAAUUACUUUUACUCACACUUUCUAGGGACUCACAUCUGCUUAAUUUAGCUUUGUAAAAAGUUGCAUUUAUAGUUCCUUUUAUAAAAAAUAAUUGUUUCGUCAACUUGAUUAGCAAUACACAAAUUUCAAGGUACUCUCAACACUGUGUGGUGUUUAAAAGUCAUGGGUAACAUUUCUAGAGUCCAUUAAUAAAAAAAUCAAUUUAACAAUAUGGAUGAACAUUAUUUUUAAGAUCUAUAAGAAUCAAUGAGUUAGCUUCAGAUUAAAUACCUAUUUUCUCUACUGUACCUCAAACUUAUGAACACAGAGAAGACAUGCGAAAUGCAAAUAGGAAGGAAAUACAAAGUUAUGCAGAUGUGAGAUGAACCUAGAAAAUGACUCCGAAGGAUUUCAGGAUUGCCUAUUCGGCUUCGCUACUCAUUUUUACUGCUAAUCUUUAUAGUACAUGAUUUAGGAAAAUAAUCUUUAUUGAAGCUAUUUUCCCAUCAUCUUGAAUUUAACCACCACGAAAACCUGAUGUUCAAAACUCUUGUAAAUAACCCAUAUUCGUGUGUAAUAUUAUUGUUUUUGAAGUAAAACUGACCAGCCAAAUUCAUAUAGUCUGCACAAUUUUGUAUCCUUUUCAUAAUAAUGACAAAUUACUAUGAAGAAAUGAACAAAUUUUAUAUUUAUGUGCAAUAUUUUAUAGACCUAUGUAUCUACAGCAUGUUUACACUGGCAUUAGUUAUUUUUUUAAAUAAAUAUCCUGAAUAUUAAGUAUGAUAGAACAAGCAGGCUCGACUCCUUAAGUUUACAAAGCUUUUGGAAAAUUAGUAUCCCAGUUUCAACCAUCACACUUUGUUUGAAAGAUGAGCCAAACUCAUAGACACUAAAUUUUCUGUCGUGCCUUAACCUGGAGACAAGCCAUUUGGCUCUAGCUGCAAAGCUUCUUUGGAGACCAAACGAAAGGUACACGGAAGAAUAUACUGAUGCAGUUCACAUUCUUCCUGCUUCUGAAUUGAAACCUGUCGUGGUAGCAGUUUGAAGGCAGCCAGGAAGGAAGUCUGGCUCCCUGUGUGUGUGGCUGGUGUGGGUGAGAAUCCCACGUGCCUCAUAGAGUUUGAGGGUCCCACGCCAGCCCCCAGUCUUAGGUGCUAGUAGGUAGCAUUGGUUUUACAGGGAGGUGGCCAUCUACAGCAUAUGAUUGGAGGGAUCCUAGACAGGUCUGUCUGUCCCCCAGUAAUGCCCUAACUCUGUUGUAGUGCCUGACUUUUGGCCAAUGGAGAUGAGCUCUUCAGGAUAUUUGGCCAUACGAGGUCCCUGAGAAAAUGCACCUGUUGCCUUGUAAGCUAACAUCUGUGAAGGAGCUUCCAAGUUCGUAGGGUUAGAUAAAGGUAGACCCUGUGGGAGGCGUCAUAUGGACACCUGGAGAAACCAGAGAUGUCAGGAGGAAGACUGGGACCCAGAACAGAGCAAGGUAUGAGCGCUUUGAAGGCAAGCUCUGCCUUCCACACAGUCUCAGCCAAGAGUGGUCCCCUCUAAGGGGAUGAGCAUUACGACCUAAGGGCAUUUCACAAAGGGUUGUCACACACACGGUGGCCCUCUCAACCACCUCGAAUGUGGAAGCAAAUGGGGGAGGGGGGACACUGACAUCAGGUGACCCUUUCAGUCAUCAGUUCCUUAGCAUCCCAUCUACACGUAGAAUCCUCUAAUCAUGCACUGAGUAUAUCUGAUUCUCGUCAUAGCAAUGCCAAUCACUUUCAUAACUCAUAAUAUGCUGUGCUUCUCUUAGAGUCUCUCUACAUGUUAAUGUCCCUUUGAAAAUUCUUGUAUCUGGGUUUUUAAGAUGUAGAAAAAUGGGCAAAUUGAGUUUUAUAAAUUUAGAGAUUUUUAUACAGUAAAUGCACAACAUGGAAUAGUCGCCACUGAAACCCUGCUAUUUCGACUCAACUUUUAUUUUCCUUGUUUUAUUUAAAUGCAUUUGUAGAUAUCUGUGAAGAUUUACAUGUACCUAUUUACCUUGUCACUAAUAAAAUUAAAAAUUAAAGACAA